AUGAUAUCUGAUGUACAGAAUUUGCAAAGUGAUGUAGCUGUGAAUUUUAUUUCUACUACUCUUCCAUUGCUAUCAUUUAAUGACACUUCAUGCGAUACUUGCAUGUCACCUCAAAGUCUUCCAGAAGAAGAUCACAAUUUGCAGGAGGAAGAAAUUGCAUGUGAUAAUUCACAGACACCUACAAUUGACAACCAUGAACUAUAUUGCAAAAUCAUUGCCAAGCCGGAAGUGACAGAUUGUCAGAGGACGGAAAGCAGCAAAUUGAAUGGUUGUGAUUUUUUCUUUAUUUGUUCCACAUUGCAUGAUGAUAUCCUGGAUGAGAGUGAUGUUAACCGUGAAAUUGCUGUCUGUCAAACUUGUGGAAAUGAUUUUGCUGAUAUGAAUGCAGAUCCAUUAACAACACAACCUUCUUUGGAUGAUGAACGAGCUACACAAAUUAUGAAUGAUACUUUGAAGCGUGUUGACGGACGAUUGCAAAUUGGUUUAUUAUGGAAAUAUGAUGAUAUUAAAUUACCGUACAACUAUAACAUGGCUCUCAAACGUCUCAUGUCUGUCAAGCGAAGAAUGGAGAAGGAUGCUGAAUUCGCUACAAAGUACAUUGAGAAACUGGAUGAAUAUAUAAAGAAUGGAUAUGCUGAACAGAUACCAGAAGAUGAAUUGGCACCUACCGAGAGAACCUGGUUCAUUCCACACCAUGCAACAAGACAAUCGAAGUUUCGUGUUGUCUUUGACAGUUCAGCAGAGUUUGAUGGAAAAUCACUGAACAAGAAUUUACUAUCAGGACCUGAUUUCAAUAACUCAUUAGUUGGAGUUCUUCUACGCUUCCGUUUGAACCCCAUUGCUGUGUCGUGUGACAUUCGACAGAUGUUUCACAGAAUAUUCGUGAAGCCUGAAGAUACACAAUCUCUUCGUUUUCUAUGGUUCCCUACACAUGAUCCCACAAAACCUGUUUCUCAAUUUAGAAUGCUAUCUCAUGCCUUUGGUACUACCUGCUCACCUUCUAUUGCAACCUUUGCCCUACGAAAGGUUGCAGAAGAUAAUUUAUCUAAUGCUGAUCCGACCGCUGUUCAAUGCAUUUGCUCUAAUUUUUAUGUAGAUGACGGAUUGUUUUCAAAGGAUACUGUAGAGGAGACUUCUACACUAGUUCGACAAACUAUUGAUUUACUGGCAACAGGAGGUUUUCACUUAACUAAAUUUUUAAGCAAUGAACCAGAAGUUCUACAAUGUGUUUCUGAGGAAGACAAGGCUCCUGUUGCUCAUGCUCUGGAACUAGGCGAUGAUGCGGUGAGUCGUACUUUAGGAUUGAAUUGGAAUGCAGCCACUGAUCAAUUUGUUGUUAUCGUCAGAAUUCAGGAACGUCCUCCUACUCGUCGUGGCAUAUUAUCAAUGGUGUCGCAGAUAUUUGACCCUCUUGGGUAUGUUCAACCAUUUGUACUUGCAGCUCGUAUCAUUCUGCAAGAUCUUUGUUAUGAAGAAUUUCAAUGGGAUGAUACAAUUACUGGCCCUCUUAGAGACAAAUGGGAAGAAUGGUCAUCUAAAUUACCUUCAUUGAAUGGGAUAUCAUUUUGUAGAUGCUACAGACCAAAAGGAUUUACACCAUCUACUUUUCAGUUCCAUGUAUUUUGUGAUGCAAGUUCUUUUGCAUAUGGAACUUAUGCUUAUUUGAAAAUAAUUGACGAUGCAGGAAACAUUCACACUGCAUUUGUUAAAGGCUCGUCAAGGGUGGCUCCAAAGAAAGUUGUAACGAUACCACGUCUUGAACUGACUGCAGCGGUUGCUGCUACAGAAUUGGCGAGAUGCAUAAAAUUGGAAUUGAAUGAAGUGAUAACAGAUGUAUUUUUCUAUACGGAUUCAAUGACAGUUCUUCGAAUGAUAAACAGUCGAUCUGAACGUUUCAAAACUUUUGUUGCUAAUCGAUUGAAUACAAUUCACUUGCUUUCUCAACCUAGACAAUGGCAUCAUGUUGACACUAAGUCUAAUCCAGCAGAUAUUGCCAGUCGUGGACUAAUGCCUGACAAGUGCCACAAAGCUGAUUGCUGGUUUAAAGGACCUUCUUUUCUGAGAAGCAAGGAACCAUUGAGAAAUUCACAUAUUUCUGAAACAAUUGAGGACUCUGAAAUAUGUUCUGAAGUGAAAGUUAAUUAUAAUGAGAUUUCCUACAAGGACAAGAAUUCUACUAUACAACAACCUGGACUUAUGCUGUUGUUGAAACGUUACUCUAAAUUUGAAAGACUUAUUUCCUCUGUGAUAUGGCUUCAAAGAUUCAAGACUUACAUGAUUGGGAAAUUGCUACAUCGUUCUGAUUCUCCAGUUACUGGUUGUUUUACUGUUGCAGAACGGGAAAAUGCAACUAUAGAUAUUGUGAAACUUAUACAAGCAGAUUCGUUGUCUGCUGAGCUUUGCUAUUUUAAAGAUAUGAUGAGUUCGGGCCCUCCACCUUCUGACAGAAAGAGACUUAAAUCGCCAUUUGCUAAAGAACUUUUGCAGUGUAAUCCAUAUGUGGCUGAUGGCAUACUUCGAGUUGGAGGCAGGCUUCGUCAAUCUGAAUUACAACCUGAUCAAAGGAAUCCUGUAAUUUUACCCCCAUAUCACCAUGCUACUAAACUACUAAUUGAUUGUUACCACUGUGAACAUGGACAUUGUGGAAGCAAUCAAGUACAGGCCUAUUUGUUACAAAAAUAUUGGAUAUUGCAUCUUCAGUCAGCGGUGGCAAAAGUUCUUAGAGAAUGCAUGCCAUGCAAGAUUCGAUCUGCCAGACCUGGUAAACAAUGGAUGUCAGAUAUGCCUGCUGUUAGGCUUUGUACAGGAAAUAGACCAUUCUUUCACAGCUUCGUUGAUUAUUUUGGUCCUAUAAAGGUCAAGUUGGGCAGAAGCGAACAUAAGCGUUACGGAGUUAUAUUCACUUGUCUUUCUACUCGAGCAAUUCAUCUGGAGGUUGCAGAGAGUUUGGAUACCUCUGCAUUUUUACAAGCCUUUUUUCAUUUUGUCUCGCGACGUGCAAGACCAGCUCACAUGUACUCUGACAAUGGUACGAAUUUUAUUGCUGGAAGUAAAGCUCUCAAGGAUGGAAUUACAAAUUGGAAUAAGAAACAAAUUGACAAUGCUCUUGCACAAAAGGGAAUUCAAUGGCAUUUUUCACCACCUCUUGCAAGUCACCAGAAUGGAGUUGUUGAAAGAUUGAUCAGAGAAGUUAAGAAGAUUUUGAGGAAUAUGCUUGAUGAUAAACCAUUAACCGAUUAUUCACUUUGGUCUUUUCUGGCUGGAGUGGAAUCCAUCUUAAAUGACAGACCCCUUACCCGAGUAAGUAAUGAUCCCAGAGACCUCCAUGCCCUGUCACCUAAUUCUAUUUUACUAAGUAAAUUAGAUCCUGAUCUACCCCCUGAUGUUUUUCUGCGAGCUGAUGAGUAUAGACAGGGCUAUAGACAUGUCCAGCGGUUGUUGGAUAUAUUUUGGCAGAGAUUUACUAGGGAAUAUUUACCUCUGCUUCAGAAACGCUCAAAGUGGUUUCAUCCCUCCCCUAACCUGAAACCUGGUAACUUAGUACUUAUGUGUGAUGACAUACUUCCCCGUGGUAGUUGGCCAAUGGCUGUUGUGGAUGAGGUUUAUCCUGAUAGACUAGGCAUUGUGCGUAGGGUGAAGGUACGAACCUCUAAAUCUACGUUCAUGCGUGAUGUUAGGAAGAUAUGUUCACUUGAACUUGAUUAA